CUCUGCAGUGUCUUGGCAGCUGCAUUAGUGCAUCUCCCACCGUCCGCGAUGCCUUCACGGCCAAUGCCUGCCUCCUCCGCGUACACUUGACAGCAGAUAACCGACAUGAACUCGUCGGGGAACUGAGCCCGGACGUCUACUCUAUCAGCUCGGUAUCUGUUUAUGCCCCGGAGAUAGUCCGGAGCGCUUCAUUCACGCACUGAAAAAAAGCCCGUGACGAGAAUUGUUAAUGGAAAAUGGCGAUAGGAAGAAGCUCUUGCAGCAUCGUCUGCUUGGUAUCUAUCCAGAUUAUCUUGAUUUUCAGCGCAUCGUGGCCUGGAGCGGAGGGUCUCACGUUCCCGCAGCAAUACACGAUAAUGCACUGGGCCCGCCGCAUCGAGCAGGAGAUUGACAGAGUGUUUCAGCACAUCACUGGAGUUCAGCAGUUGAAAGGGAUCUACAACGAGGAGAGACGACGGUUUAGUCUGGUGAAGAAUCAGCCGAGGAAGAUUGUGGAGAGGGUGGCCUCUGAUAUUGAGAAGCUCCUGGCUAAGAAACGCAAAGCACUUGAUAGGUUAGCGAGUGAAGCUGAGCGUCUGCAGCGAGAGCAUCUAUGGCAGGAUGGAAUAAAGGAGCUGGACAUGGCUUAUUAUGACUCAAAGGCAGAGCUGGAUUAUUACUCCAUGGAUGGAGAAGGAGAGGUGGAGAAUCCUUCUCACAUAAAGCUGGAGUUUGUGUACGAUCCAAACUUCAAAAAUAAUGUCAACUAUUCGUACACAGCUGUUCAGAUCCCCACAGACAUCUAUAAAGGAGCUCCUGUCAUUCUGAAUGAACUGAACUGGACUCAGGCUCUGGAGAAAGUGUUCAUGGAGAACAGUCAGGAGGAUCCUUCACUGCUGUGGCAAGCAUUUGGGAGUGCGACAGGUGUCACAAGAUACUAUCCAGCUACACCGUGGAAAGCUCCUGAUAAAAUUGACCUGUAUGAUGUCAGACGGAGGCCCUGGUACAUUCAGGGAGCCUCAUCCCCCAAAGAUAUGGUUAUUCUUGUUGAUGUGAGUGGCAGUGUCAGUGGACUAACACUAAAACUGAUCAAAGCAUCUGUGAUGGAAAUGCUCGACACUUUGUCUGAUGAUGACUACGUAAACGUGGCUAGGUUUAACGAGAAGGCAGAGGCUGUGGUUCCCUGUUUCAGACAUCUGGUCCAGGCAAAUGUGCGCAACAAAAAGAUCUUCAAGGACGCCGUGCAGCAGAUGCAGGCUAAAGGCACCACUGACUACAAGUCUGGAUUUCAUUUUGCCUUCAACCAGCUGUUAAAUAAGACAAAUGUCCCUCGGGCUAACUGUAAUAAAAUAAUCAUGUUGUUCACUGAUGGAGGGGAGGACCGAGCUCAGGAUGUCUUCAUGCAAUACAACUGGCCUAACAAAACGGUUCGAGUUUUUACCUUUUCUGUGGGUCAACACAACUAUGAUGUCACACCACUGCAGUGGAUCGCAUGUACGAAUAAAGGUUACUAUUUUGAGAUCCGUUCCCUCUGUGCUAUAAGGAUUAACACCCAGGAGUAUCUCGAUGUGCUGGGACGCCCCAUGGUUCUGGCAGGCAGUGAUGCCAAGCAGGUUCAAUGGACCAAUGUGUAUCAGGAUGCUUUGGGCCUUGGCAUGGUAGUAACUGGAACUUUACCUGUAUUCAAUCUCACCAUGGAUGGAAACUCACAGGUAACAAAUCUGAAUCAGCUGAUAUUAGGUGUCAUGGGAGUUGAUGUGCAUCUUGACGAGAUAAAGCGACUAACACCUCGAUACAAUCUUGGAGCCAAUGGAUACAUAUUUGCCAUAGAUCCAAAUGGAUAUCUUCUUCUGCAUCCAAAUCUUCAGCCUAAGCUGGUGAACCUCCCUGAGCCGGUGACGCUGGACUUCCUGGAUGCAGAAGUGGAGGACAGUAAUAAAGAGGAGAUCCGGCGACAAAUGAUUGAUGGAAGACCAGGUGAAAUGCAGAUCAAAACUCUUAUUAAGUCCAUUGAUGAGCAAUACAUCGAUGAGGUGUUUAGAGGUUACACCUGGACUCCAGUCAACGGUACAGAUUACAGUCUGGGUCUGGUAUUACCCCCCUACAAUGAAUAUUUCAUCCAGGCAGACUUGAGUGACGUGAUGCUGCAGCUCCAGUAUAUGCAGUCACUGCUACCCAGCUCCUUCGAGUCCUCAGGACAUGUAUUUCUGGCUCCAAGGGAAUACUGCAAACGCCUGCAGAUCUCUGAUAACAACACUCAGUUUCUGCAGAACUUCCUCUCGCUCAUGCUAGAGAUUUCUCCAGAAUCCGAUGAGUGUGAUCAAGGCCUCAUCCACAACCUCAUUUUGGAUUCUCGGAUUAUUGGGCAGCUAGCAUCUCGGGUUUGGAAGAACAAGGACCUGAAUUCGUAUGGCUUCCUGGCUGUGUUUGCAUCUACCGAUGGAGGAAUAACACGAGUUUUUCCAAACAUAGCUGCUGAGUUAUGGGAUGAGGAUCCUGAACCCUUCAAUUCAAAUUAUUACAGACGGAGCCUCGACAACAAAGGAUACAUGUUCAGAGCGCCGACCAGAUCAGCUCUAGACGACCCUGUUGGUGCAGAAAAUGGCACUGUUGGAAUUCUGGUCACCUCAGCUGUUGAAGUUAAUUUAGGAGGAAAACUUCUCAAACCCUCAGUGGUCGGAGUGAAGCUGGACUUGGAGGCAUGGGUGGACAAGUUUAAAAUUCUGGCCAGCAAUGUGUCAGACAGUCGACAGGGCUCACACAAGUGUGGACCGUCCAGGAGCUGUGAGAUGGACUGCGAAGUGAACACAGAUGAUCUCCUCUGUUAUCUCAUUGAUGAUGGCGGGUUCCUGGUCAUGUCCAAUCAGAGAGAUCACUGGAAAAAGAUUGGUCUUUUCUUUGGUGAUGUGGACCCUUACCUGAUGUACGCGCUCUACAACAACUCGAUCUUUAAUCGGCGCCAGUCUUUCCACUUCCAGUCUGCGUGUGAGCCCGUCACCAGCAGCCACACUGGAGCAGCACCCAGGGGAAUCUAUGUGCCGUCCGUCGCCGACAUCCUCAGCCUGGCCUGGUGGACAUCCUCAGUGGCAUGGUCCGUGACCCAGCAGCUACUGUAUGGACUGGCCUACAACAGCUGGCUCUACCAAGAUGACGUCCUUGUCAACGGUUUUGAAACAAAAGAAAGCAGCUGUGUGACCAUCCAGAGCCAAUUUUACUUUACAAACACAACAAACUCCUACAAUGUGCUGCAGGACUGUGGAAACUGCUCACGGCUGUUUCAUGCCAAGCAGAUAGAGAACACAAACCUGCUGUUCGUGGUCGCAGAGACGCUCCCCUGCAGCUCCUGUGAGAUCGAGAGACUAACACAGAUCAGGACAGAGUUCCAAGAGGAGAAUCCAUGCGAAGUACUGAGCAACGCACGAUAUCGUAAAGGCCCAACGUCCUGCUUUGACUACAGUGCCUUAGAAAAUACGUCAGAGUGUGGACGGGGUCAUGCUCUGCAGUCCUCCAUAGGAGUCCUUCUCUUUAUUCAGCUUAUUCUGCCUCUUUUUCAUCUCUGACACGUACAAACACUCCACUGACAUCUUUCAUCUCUUUGGGUUCAGGCUCGGAUCUACCGAAGGUCAUACUAAACAGCUACUGUUUAAUUCUUUUGAUCUGCAGACAGCCCUGAAUCGCGUUUGUGCCGAAAAGAAAACAUGGUUUAGCCGCAGUGUUUUUUGCCUUAUUGUGUAUGCAUUUGUUGGUGUGUCAGGGCUUCAGUGCAGAAUGCAGGCAGUGAAUGUUUAGAGUGUGCAUGCUACUUUAACUAGGAAAAGCAUGUUUCAGAUAUUAGCACUCCAGCUCAACCAUACAAACACAAUCAACAACAAUCACAAAAAGUCAGGGAGCUUCUGAAAUGUACUUUUAUUCUUGAGCUGUUUUAAUAAGGUUUUUUGAUGAUAAUCUGGAUUUUCUUUGAUCUAAUACCUUUAAAGUUACAUAGAUGGCUCCUACGCCCUUUGAAAAUACCCUUUAUGAUCAGUCAUAACAAAGAAUUGUGACCAUUUUUAUAAUCUUUACGACAUUUGGUGUCCCGGCAGGUCAAACAUGGCAAUGCUAUGAUCAUAGCUAUUGUCAAAAUAAUUCACAAUGUCUGCUUAAUUUGACUAAAACAAGGUGUCAUUACAUGUAAAUCAGACAUAUUAACGUAAAUUUACAAAACAAGGGUAACAAAUGUAUUAAUAAUGGAGUGAAGUUUGCUUUAUAGCUAUAACACAGAAAUGAGUGAUAAAUUUAGCUCGCUAUAUAAAAAUGCAGAUGCUGAAUAUGAUGAAACUAGACAGGGCUAUAGCCAAUAAAUGAUAACACAGGUGAGACAAAGUCUGUGAAAGUUUAAGGUUGGAAUGUGAUUGUAAAAGAUCUUAAAACUCAGAUUAUUUUCCUUUUUGGUGAACAUGAUGGAAGGAAGCAUUUGGAUAUUUAAGUAAAGUGUCAACUGUCAAUAAAGAAUUACAGCAAUAAAUUAAUCAAACCUUCAUUUAAAGCUCCUGUGAAAAUUUUUUUCUAUUUAUGAAACAGACAAAAAAAUUCAAACUUCUGCCUCUCUAUGAGCUACAAAACCAUCAGAGACAAGACUAUUUCCAAAGUGUAGAUUUCAAUUACUGUAACCACUGCCAGGAGGAGCAGUUGUAAGUAGAGAUGGCCAAGUCUGGCUACACACUACAUGAUUUUAAGCCAGAUUUAAGGUUAGAUUUGCCUCCCUGGAAUAUUGUUGGGGCGGAUUUCAGUCAGUGGAGGGAUACGUAUCAGUGGAGGCUCAUCACAGAUGUUUCUGAAUAAUCCUGAAGUGUGUGGUGUCAAUUGUUUUACUGCUCUAUUUCAUAUCAUAGCCUCCCAGACCUAGAACCAUAAAUAUCAAACGUGUUUGAUAUUUACGAUAAACAGAACUUUAUCUGCAUUCCAGUCAGGAUUUCAUUCAUAGUCUUGUUCUUGUUUUAUGAUUUUUGGUGUAACUGUAAGACAUGCCAGGACAGCCUGUGGUGAGGGGACAACAAGCCGAGGAUAUUGAUAGUCCUCCAUGUUUAUUUUUAUUCAAAAGUUACUUUUGAUCACGAGAAAUUCUGUGAAAUCCCGUGUUCGGGGAAUCUUCACAAUGAGGCAGGUUGACAGGUGUGUGGUCUCAGUGGACUCUUAGUCUGACUGAGUGUGCGCUUAAAGGAUUAUAAGAUGAAAAAUCUUUUUAAUUUGUCCUCAUAUUCUUUUUGUUUGAUAAGUACUACUUACGUACAACAGGACAAAGUAGAGAUAAAACCCACAGCUUUGAUAUGGGUUGCCAAAAUCAACUCAAACAAGGAGCUUUAAUUAGCAUUAAUAAUUAAUACUUAUAAUGCAGCAGGUUGUUCUUAUCUUAGAAUAAUACUGCAGAUACACAAUUUUCACUUAAAUAUGUUAAACCUUUGUUUAUUUCAGAUGUUUUAGAUAUUGAAAGAAAAGUUUGUUUCACCUGCUAUAUGUUGGAUUUAAAGUACAAUAUUUGCCAUCACAGUUGAAGAACUAAAGGUGCCCUGUGUCCUUUUCUUGUAAGCAAACCUUUAAAGAAAUGCUUUUUCUGUAUUUAAAGAAAUAGCAUUGUACAUUUUGAUGUUCAAACUUCUCGUUUAGAUCCAUGCUUCCUUGCUAGCAGUUCUCCUCUCUGCUAUGUUUUGGCUUCUUACAGAGCCCCUUCAUAUGCUUUAAUGUGUGUGCUCUGUGAUUGGUCAAAUACAUGAGAGACAGCUAUGCAGGGAUACUAGUCUGUGUUACGGAUCUUUUAAAGUCACUGGCUUUACACCAACCUCAACAUUUAACUGUCUAUAUGAAACUAAAGUUUGCAUUUAACAGCUUUCUAGAGCCAACUAAGUCAUCAGUGCAUUUUUAUAUUGUGUGCAUCAAACAUUGAGCUCACAGUUUCUGCAUGCCAGUGUUAAUCAGAAUCUACUGCAGGUAGAGCUUCAUCGCUCUGACUCCAUCCUCUUGAAUGCUCAGGCUCAGCUGCUUCUGAAAACUCCUGCUUUCGUAAGCUUUGUGAAAUGCAAAAUGAAUGAUCUGCUCUAGCUCUAAUUUGCAUGCCUGAUCCUUGUGUAUGUCUCUGCACUCAGAGGAGCUCCUGCAACUUCAGCAUUUCAAUUUUUUUACAUGAAAGUAGAUCCGAGCCUUAGCCUUACAUUCACUUUAGUGUCUUUGAAUCCACCUCUAAACCUUUGCCAAGACAGUCUGUGGACUUAAAAUCAUAUCAUACAUGACACAACGACCAAGAUGGACUUCCCUCUGAAAGUACUCCUUGCCUCUUCAAUCUAAAACUAGGAUUGAGAUGAACAAAGUGUUUUACCCCCAAAUUUUUUCUUAGAGCACUUUGACUGAUAAGAAGAUAGAGUCUAAGAGCAAAUAUGAUGAAAGUGUAUCAGUGUUGAACUUCAGUAGGAUUGCAUUUGAUUGCACGUAUCGGUAGUGAAACAUCAGUGUGGUUUCUUUUGUAAAGAGACUGUAAAAGUUGAGGUUUGAUUUGCUGAAAUGCUUCCUGAGGUUUUAGGUGUGAUCCUGAAGUGCUUCCAGUAGAUGGUUAAAGGUUGUGAAAACAUCUAAAAACUGACCAAAAUGAUCAAAUGUUUACACGGAUUUUGCUGAAAAACACAGAAGUCAAUCUGCCAAACCAUUGCAUGGUUUAGUGAUGUACUGCUGUGAUGAUUGGAGUCUUUAUUCUAGCACAAAUAAUGGUAUAUUUAUAAUAAAAUUUACAUAAUGAAUGAUCUAUCUAUAUCAUAGCACAUAAUCUGUUUAGUGUCAGUAUGGCUGGCAGGCUUUGGUUAAGGGGUAGCUCUUUUUCUAUGUUGUAUCUCCAUUAUUUGUCCAGCUUGAAUUUAUGCACUUAAUGUAUGCUUCUGUAUGGGGAAUGUAGUCACUGAACAGCUCUUAGUGUUUGAUAUAUGUUAUGAGUAUGAUGCGUUCAGAUGCUCUGUUGAGAUUUAAUGUGUCUCAUUGCAAAUAACGAGUCACUGUGGAUGGAUAUUCUUUGGUUAUCAAGCAAACCUCAGAGUGAAAGUGACAUCUGACUAAACAUUUUAGAUAUGUAUAAUGGAAUCAUAUGAAGUGAUCUGGUCUGAGUGAAAGCUGCUCACUUCAGCGUUUAUGUCAUCAUACACUUGAGACUAAAUGUUUUAGCUUAAUUUUGAUUUUUGUGACUCGUCUCAGCUCUUUUACUCUGUGUAGUGUUUUUAAAACAGUCACAAAGGUUAAGUGUACUUCCAAAACAACAAAAUAGUGCACAUCAAGUACUAGAAGGUCAAGAAAAUCGCGUAAAGGUGGUACAUCAGCCCUUUUCUUCAUCUGUUCCAUGCUGUGGUCCGAAUACGGCAUGAUUCAAGCACCUGAUGAGGUUUUUGACUCUGUGUAAACCAGCUCUAAAAAGCCUUUCUCAAAAUGCUCAGUGUUUCCUUUUUACUAGAAAUGAGCUCCUUUUCACCCUGCCCCUCUCUUCCAUGGAAUAUGUUGACACGAGUACAGCUGUGCAACUCUAUGGCUAUAGAUUGAGAUCAGUGGGUGAAGAUAUCAAGGACUAUUUGCUGACGUUUAUUCUGAUGUCACAGGGAGAGCGGACUCUGAACUUACUAUCAAAUUUCACAUUUUCAGACAAAGCCACACCACAAACAAAGGACCGGGCUAGCUUAUUUUACAGUGGGUCAGUAGUUACUCCAGGGGCCCAUUUCAUAAGGCAGGUUUUUUUUGCAAAUCUCGAGCCUGUUAACCACGAAAUGAAGGAAAGUCAGAGAUUUUCGUUUCAAAGAAGGAGGAAAGUUAAACCUAAGAAUGAGGGGACAGUCAAGCCAGUUUCACAAAGAGACAAACCUCAUGUUCAGUAAACCCCCAGUUUCUCUGAGUCUGGAGCCUGUAACAUGGUCUAAUUUCUGCAUUCUUUCAUUAAUUCAGUUUGUAUUAGGUGCAUUUUUCACACUUAUUCUAAAUAAAAACCUGUUUUAUACUAAUAUUAAGACACUAGACUACAUUAAACAUAUAUAAUUAUAUCAAACAUGUCUGAAUUAAUGGACUUAACAGGAUGAAGGUGAGAAUUAUUUAAAGUAUUUGUUUGAUACUAAAAUUAUGCUGAGCAUUAACUAGUGCACAAGUCUUCACAGUAUGAAGAAAAUCUUAUUAGGUAAAGUUUUGAGACUAGAUUCUAAUUUUAUGAGAUUAAAGCUGUCACUUUACAAUACUGAAGUUGUACAUUUAUUGUGUUGAAGUAGUAAUUUCUGAGAUUUGAAAAUAAUAAUAAAGAAGGAAAUAUUUUUUUAUGGAUGCCUUUCAUUAACAUUAUUCUGAAUGUCUAAUGUUUGUACACUUUACAGGUUGUUAUCAUAAUCUAAAUCAGCAAAAAGUCAAAGUGUUUUUAACUAUUUAGAUUCUAAUAGAACAUGUUCAAACUUGCACAGAUUACAUGAUGAUUUAACCCAUUUUGAAAGUGAUAUAGCCAACAACCAAUGCCACACUGCACACUUCCUAUUUAAGUCUAAUAUAGACUAACUCACUUAAAAAUAACCAUCAACUUAAAUUAUAUCUUUAUUUAUACAUCCUUACAAUCUUGUAAAUUUAAAACUUUAAAAGUUUUAAUAUGUUUAUAAAUAUUUAAGUAGGGCUGUCAAAAGAUUCAAAUAUUUAAUCGCAAUUAACCUCAGAAAUGUUGUAGUUAAUUGGGCCUCAUUUUUGCGUAUUUCAAAAUUCUGCUAUUUUGCAUUAAGAACUACUUUUGUCAUUUUGUGUUUCUCUACUGUCUUAAACUAAGGGAAAUUGACUUCCUGUUUGGAAACAGACCUACUUUUAGAGGUAGGUUGAAGUUUAUCACUCAAACUUAAUGAUGGAAAAAUGAACUUGUUAUGGAUCUUAAAGGAAAUAAGGAAACAUAAGAAAUCAAAUGCUUAAUAAUGCAUGUAGCAGAUGUUUGGUGACUUGUCUGCUGAGCUGUCUGUAGGUUUCUAAAGAGAAUUGAGACAUCGAGGAGUGCUGGUGGACUUAUUUUACAUCACUGUGGCUGCACAGAGACAUUAGCCAGAGUGUGAUAAAAGAGACAAUAAUGCAUGAGAUUAAUCGUGGUUAUAACAAUCAAUCAUUGUGGACCUUGAUUAAUCUCAAUUUACUUGAUUAAUCUUGACAUCCCUAGUUUUUAGAUUUUUAAAUGUUCACAUUGUCAAUUCGUCUUUACUUCUGUGAUAAAUCUAUUUACAACAAUUUGAUUGAAAGUGCUUGACAGAUAAAGUUGUUUUUAUUAUUAAUAAAUCUUAUAAUUCAAACUUCAUUUUCAUUAAUUGAUGAGAUAAAGCUUUUAAUAUUAUAAAUUUACCUAAAAGUCUUGCUUUUUCUUUUAUGUUGCUCUAGUAUGCUUUACAUCAUUCCCUCAUAAGGCGGUGUAACUUUUUUCCAUUUCCUAUGAAUAAAAUAUUAAGCACAGAAGAUUUCUAGUUUGACACGGUAAAGCACAGGGACCUUUACUGAUUCACAGUAUCGUGGCUCCAUAGAUGAUGGCCUUAGACUUAUCCUACUCAGAAUUGAUUUACUUAACUCAAAUUUGCUGUUCAGAAAUUCAGUGUUUCUCAUCCUAGAGUAUAUCAACUCAAAGCUCAGGAUUAGACUCUGAGUUUGUUGAACUUUCUUCUUGAAAUGGGCCCCAGAUAUCCAAAUAAAUAUGUGCAAAAAUACUAAAAACUGGGUUUUUCAUGACAUGUCCAUCAUGAUUUCUUAGGGUUCAAUCUUUAUAUAUAAUAUAAUAUAAUAUAAUAUAAUAUUCAGAUUUGGGUAAAGGAACUUUAGUCAAGCACAAUCUGGAACAAGCACAUGAAAGCACUUUCAGCUGCCAUAUCAACCAGUUAAUGCCAGCUAAGAAGGUUCAAGUCACUUUUCUUUCAUUCAGUAAAUCCAAAUGAUCAGUAAAGUCGACUGUUUUUCACACUGUAAUUUUCAAAUUCACACUUUUAACACACUUGCGAAUAUUUUUACUAAACUCUCAUCACUUGUUACAUUUGACACAGCUACACCAGCUCAUAUUGUGUUUAUUAUUCUGAUAGAUACAUUAUCCUUGUGACUUGUUUUAAGAUAUAAAAAUGCUUUAAAACUGGUUCUCAGCUGAUCUAGCGUCAGGACCCACUACAAUAUCCUUAACGACAAAUCAAGACCCAACAUUCCUACGUUUUGCAACCAUAACUAAGCGUUUCUAAUGGGAAAAAACGCAUCAUGGAUUUAAAAAUGGAACAAGUGUGGUAUGAAAAAAAUGGGCUGAGACAUAUGUUUCAACAUAAACACAUUGGAGUUUUUUUGCCUCAUACUUUUUUGCAGGCACGCUUUCGGGACCCCCUGAAAAUGGCUUUGCAGCCCACUUUUGGGUCCCAACCCACCAGUUGAGAAUCAGUGCUUUAAAAAGUACUUUUCUCACGUUGUCAGUUUCCAAAGAUUCUGCUUCAGCUGACAUGAAACUAUUUGUCAAAGAACAACUUCUCAGUCAGAUGUAAAGAAAGCGGUAUUUGUGGGGUUUGCUUGAUAAAGUCCUUAAAAAUAUUUAUCCACAGUGAUUCAUCAGCCUGUCUUUUUGUGUUAACAUUCGAUGUGAACUAAGAGUUAAUGGGGAUAUUUUUAAAAAGCUUUUUUGACAAAAUAUUUGUAAAAUGUUGUUUCUCUCCGUCUGCCUGGUGUUCCACCCUGCAGUGCCUUGGUGCACUUGUUUUUGAAAGCAGGAAUGUUUGGAUGUCAGACGUGGACGUUCAUCCUGUGGGCCAUGUUAAAGACACGCUUGAAUUUAAAGAGUUCUUCUCUAAAUGGACUCCUCAGUCAGGGAACAAAGAAAAGACGCUCCUCUUGGACUUCUAAAUAUUUUAAAGGAGCACAGCUGUUGUAUGUGUUGAACAGCUGGCCUCCCGUCCUGCCUUCUCUUGGACAGAUAUGUCAGAGUGUGGAGUUUGAACCCUGUUGCCCGUCUGCUACGUGCUUAUUCCCUCUGGUUCAGCCUUGAAUCGAAGCACAGACACAGGCCCUUCUCAGAUUUUUUUCUUCAUCCAUCUGCACACUGUAUAUUCUGUAUUUGAAGCUUGUCAGAAAUGUGUACUUUUCCAUUAGGACUGACUGAAAUGAGAGAAUGUUUGCGUACAGUUAACCUACUGUUGUGCAUCUCUGCUGUCCCCAAGCAUGCUGGGAACGCAGAGAGGCAGAUUUAAAUUUCAACACUGUUUGAAGACCUCAGCAGAAACAAUGCUUUAAAAAGAGACAAAACUCAAGUCCUGCAGUUUUCACUUCAGGGCAUGUUGCAUUACUCAAACAACACUGUUGUACAUUAGCAAAGAGACAUUUUGUGUCCCUCUUUAUAGCUGACGAUAUAUUCCUGCUGUUGAGGUCAGUGUUGUAGUUUUGUUUUAAAUUAACAGUAUUUAUUUGCAUGAUAUUUUGAACAAUUUACAGAUUUGUGUACAUAGUCUGAUGGAUAUUUUACAUUCCUGUCCACAUUCAGCGCUCCACUGCUGUGGCGAGAAGUGAGGGCGCCCUCUGUGGAUAGAUUUAGGUAUUGCAGCAAAGACCUCAGAGCACUUGUAUGUAAACAGACAAAGCUGAAAGUUUGACUUCAGUGAAGCCUAUUAUAACUGUCAGUGUUUGCAUUUUAAGUCUUUUUGCAGCAAGUAAAAGCACAGAGGAAUCAGAAUUAAGAGCAACAAACUGCCUGUUUAACUUCUGUCAUUUAUUUAGGCAAAAAAAAAAAGCUACAUUGAAAAUGCUGGAAAUGAUUUAUGCAUUUAAAGGCCGUGGAGCAAAUGAACAAGGCAGUGGCAUGUGUGGGGACAACCCUUUAUCAGAAAACUUUGUUUAUGGAAUAGAUUUAUGUGUUGCUUAUUUGGUUUAAUUAUGUAUUAUUUUAAUUAUUUGUCCUUUAUUUGGGUAUUGUGACUUAAAUUUGUGUUGAACAGAAAGGAGCUGAAUGUGUUUGAAGCACUUAGAAGUUUACUAGAGUAAGAGAAGAAGAAGUUAAAAACUUAACGUCCAUGUCCUGUUUUUAUUUACCGAGAAUCAAAAGAGAAGAAAGUUAAUGUUUUUUGCUGUAACUUUGCUUUACAUUUUGCUGAUGUUGUUUACAGUUUCCUCUCUUUGUGCCAGUCUCCAAUGCCACCUCAUUUUUGUACAGACGAUGUGAAGCAGUCAGCAGACCAUGAAGGCUAACUUUGUAAAGAUUUUGUCAGUCACAUUACAA